CCCGGGGCAGGGUCACCCUCGCGGCCGGGGCGGUCACUGCCAGGGCGCGGGCCGGGGCGGAACCCGGUACCGCGGCUCGGGUGGCGGCGGUGGCGGCGGGCGAGGGGCGGGCCCUCGCGCGGAGGGCGUGGUCUGGGCGUCCGGGGCGGCCGGCGCGCGGAGCCUGCGAACCAGCCAGCCAGCGAGCGACGGGCGCGCGCGGCCCCUGCGCACUCGGCCGCCGCCUGCGCGCGUUGCGGGCGGAGCGGCACACUCGCGUCCACGGUUCCGCGGCCAAGCCCCGGGAGGACGCGCUCCCCUGCGCCGUCAGCACCCGCGCCCCUUCCCACCGCAACAGGUCAGGGGAGGGCGGAGGUGACGAGGGCGCCCGACCCGGGACUAGAGGACGGAAGGGUCUGGAAGGUGAGCGCAGCCCUGCGCCUCCCCCCCGACCCAGGGUUUGGGGUCUGUCCGUCCGGCCCCCGCCGCCGCGGACUUCUCGGAAGCCAAGGCUCUCCCCGCCUCUCUGCCGGCUUCCCAGCACGCUGACUCAAGUCGCUGGCGUUCCCACUUUUCCGGUGGGAGCCUUCGGGGAGAACGGGCGAGGGCGCAGAGCUCUCCCCGCCCUACUUGAGAUCCCGCGGCAGGUAGCGCCUAGAAACACAGGGACGGGGACACGGGAAGAGACCCAUGCUCCUCCCUCACCCCACCCCCAAAAUCUAACGUCUGCCCGUGCACCCCGCGUUUCGCGGAGAGCUGUCCCGUUGUUGGAACCUGGUCCCUGAGUUGCGUAAUGAAGAGUCCCAGAAGUUUCUCGGGGGGAGGGGGUGGGGAAAAGCGGGGUUCUUCUCUCCUGCACCCCGGGACCCUCCCCUGUGCCUGUAGUGGAGAGAGAUGAGGGCUUCCCGUCGCGUCUCACUGAGCGCUGGAGGGAGGCGUGUGUCGGUGGUCCGCAGCCUUCGGAGAGCGAGGGGAGGAGUUGGAGACUGACUUCUGGGGCACAGGGAGAGGCGUCUUCAGAACAUGAGACUAGUUAAUUUCUCCUGAUGAUGCUUUUUUCCUUCGGGUGUCUCAUCCUCUGGGACCUUGGCACCGCCAGCCCUCCGAAGGUGCGAGCCCCGGAGCCGGGGAAUGAGGGGAGAGAAGGUGGGGAGUGUGAAUCACACGUUACCUUAGCGUAAUGGUAGCUACAUUAAUGGAGCUGCGACGGGCUUGCGGGCGGCUCGGUACUGUCCUGCUAGGUUUGUCUUCCAGGAGCUUCUCCACCACCAGCACCCCCAUAUUGUUAUGCAAAUCACCCCAGGAAGGCACUUGGCUUUGGAGGUGGAGAUGUGUCCGAAUCUCCCUUGAACCCGUCUCUGCUGGCGGAAAGGCAUUGCAGCCAAGUGAUUUGUUUUAUUUAAGGGUGGAGCGGGGAUAAUUUGAACCCCCCUUGGUGCACUUUGUAGGUAGGGUGUGACUUAUCACGGAGAAACCGGACUAAUUUAAAACCUUCUAUGCAAACCUGUAAAUUAAGGCGAAGACCCAGUGUUCCCUGGUCCAGUUGCAAAGUGAGAAGAGCUCAAGAACUGAGGCACAAAAACAUUAGGCGAAGGAGUCUGAGAGGUAUGGAGAAUUUUGCUUGUGCAAGAUUAUUUCCGAGCAAGGUCGUGCGGUGUGUGUAGAGGGUAGGUGGCGUGGGAUACCUCUCUCAGACCUGCGUGGUGUCGGCCUCUGGGAGGGGAUAAAAGGCACAAAAAAAGACCUUUGGACCCAAGAAUCCAGUUUUUUUCUCUGGGGCUGAAUAAUAUCUAGGCAUGGCCCUGUUUCAAUGUUUACUUCCUCUGUCUAAUAUAUUUCCUUAGCUCGCCUUUCAUCUUUAGUGGGAAGGAUUCCUUUAGUGGAUAUUUUGGAAGUAGAUUCACAGGAGAAUGGAAAACUCUGGAUGGUUUGCCUGCUUUAAUUUCAAGGUGUUGUCCCUGGUGGAUGUUGGAAAGUAUUGUAUUUGAAUAUUUGAAGAUAAAUAUGCGGAAAAGCAGUGGUGAGAACUAAAGGAAAACGACCCAAGGGGAGACGAGGAGAGAAGGCAAGAGAAUAGAUAAGUAGUAUUUAAAACUAGAGAAACUCAUUUGAAUUAAGCUAUUUUUAAGGAGAGAAAGAACCAAGGAAAUAAUUUGGAGUAGAUUUGGUCAUUUCGAGACAAAUAGAGAUUGAAGAGUGGGACUUUUGGGGUAAAUGAGUUUAGAUAUUGGAGACUUUUCUCAAAUGUAACUUACAAGGUUGAUGAGGCUGGAGAUGUAGGACUUGCAGGUAUGUUGCUGUGAAUUCUUUGCUUUUCACCUGCAAGAAUAAAAUGAACUGUUAAAUAUUAAUCUGCCUUAUUCACUGUAACGAUUGAAUGUGUCUUUGGCAUUUGCUUAACUUCAACUUUGCAAAAAUGUGAUUUUGAAGAAUCACAGUGUGUUAAAUUAGAAUGCAAAGAACAUUUAGAGAUUGAGAAUUUAUGACGAAAGUCCAGGCCAUUUUAAACAUUGCUUUCUCCUACAUCCAUAACAUGCAUGCAUUUUUUUUGCUACCAGAAUCACUGGUCCACUAUAGGGUAA